GAAAGUUAACACCUCGACAGGAGCAUCUUCUGAUGAGAAGGGUUGAAGAAAAUCACCAUGCAAGUUCACUGAAGUUAGCUAAAGAAGUAGAAAGCCAAACUGGGGUGAUUGUUUCCUAUGACACAAUACGGCAUACACUGCAGAGGAAUGGCAUGCAUGAGUGUCGGCCACAAAGGAAGCUUCUCCUAAAGCCCAUGCACAAAAAAGUCGGCCUAGAAUUUGUCAGGGCCCAUGCUGAAAAAGAAGACGACUACUGGGACUCUGUACUCUGGUGUGAUGAGACCAAGUUAAAUGUGUUUGGAACUGAUGGCUUCAAAACUGUAUGGCGUCACAAAGGUGAGGAGUACAAAGAAAAAUGCAUGGUGCCUACAAGUGAAACAUGGUGGUGGCAGUGUCCUUCUGUGCGGCUGCAUGAGUGCUGCUGGUGUCGGGGAGCUGCAAUUCAUUGAUGGUAUCAUGAAUUCACAGAUGUACUGCUCCAUAUUGACAGAGAUGUUGCUACCAUCACUCCAUGCCCUUGGUCGGCGUGUACUUUUCCAAAGUGA